AUGCUCAAACCGAGCGGAGUGUCGAGCAAACGUCUCCGUGCUGCCGAAAGCCGAGAGAAGCGCGUCCGUCCAUCCGCUGCGGCAGCUUCGCGCCUCUUUCGGAGAGCCUUUGGAGAAAGCGAGAAGAAAACGCAUUCACCCAGAUCUACACUGACUGUGACUCCAGACAGUCCUGUGUUCACUGGAGAGACAGUCACUCUGAAGUGUGUAAUAAACUCUGAUCACAGUGACUGGAGAAAUGAGUGGUAUAAAGGUACAAACAACAGUGCAAUGUUGCAGACGUCUGAGCGUUACACUGUAAACGGAGACACUCUCACUAUCAGAGGAGUAAUUACAGCUGAUCAGGAUCAGUACACGUGUAGAGGACAGAGAGAUGGAAGAUCAGUCUCAUCACAGGAGAGUAACCGAAUACAUCUGUCUGUUAAUGCUUCAUCUUCUCUUCUGGUCACUGGUGUGGUUGUGGGAUUGAGUGUUUGCUUGUUGUUCUUCAUCUCACUGCUGCUGCUGUGGAGAUACAAGAAGAACAAAGAUCAGCAGCGUAACAUUAACCAGACAUCAGUCCCAAAUCAAUCUGCAGAAUCUCAACAACAAAAAUCUCCUCUACAGUCUGAUUCUGAUCACAUUUAUGACGACGUGACUGAAGUGAAUAAGAGACACAAAGAUGAUUCAGAGUCAUUUUUGGAGGUCACAUAUUCAGAGGUCAUAUGGUCAUAUGUGAAUAAAGAUGAUUCCAUGGCAGAGUCAAAUGAUGUGACAUACUCAGAAGUCAUACCAAAAGUAAAGAAAUGCAAAGAUCAGAAUGACUCCUAA